CCCGACAAGCUACGAGCAAGCUACUACGAGAAUCGCAAUUGGCCCUCGGUCACGUUUGGUUUCCUAGUCAUUGGAAUCGCCGCCGACCUCCUACUCUCUCCCAGUCCCGCUAAAGUCCCCAUCACUGCGUUGCUUGGUCUUCCCUCUGGUCAAUGAGCGGAUCUCCACAGUCACAGGAACAAGCCUUGUUGUCCGCCUGCACGACCACCAACAAGGCGAGCGCUUCAUAAAACAGCCAGCUCUCCUCUCGAUCCAGGAGGAGGUAGUCCCCGGGGAAGACAAUCCAGACGUCAAGCAGUCAAGAAACAGUCGUCCGGCUAGAGCGAGAACCGAGAAGCCAUGUUGAUCGUCCUAGCCCUGAUCAUCGUGUUCCAUCUGGCCUCAGCUGCCCUGCUGUUUGCCGCCACCAUAUACAACUCAUGGUGGGUGGUCUCUACCUCCACUGAAAACGUGUACUACUCAGACCUGUGGUUCACCUGCAAUGAGACGUGCUACUCCGUGGCCAAGAGCCACACUGCAGACGCAGCCUACCUGCAGACGGUGCAGGCCACCAUGAUCCUGUCCACCAUCCUGUGCUGCAUGGCCUUCUUCGUCUUCAUCCUGCAGCUCUUCAGGCUGCGGCAGGGCGAGCGCUUUGUCUUCACAGCCAUCAUUCAGCUGCUGGCCUCUGUCUGCGUGAUGGUGGCGGCGUCUGUGUACACGGCGCAGAAGGACAGCUUCCAUGAGCCGAAGCUGCGGGCAGGCACCUACAGCUCCUCCUUCUACCUGGCCUGGGCCAGCUUCCCCAUGACCCUGCUGAGCGGCAUCAUGUACCUGGUACUCCGCAAGCGCAAAUAAGGACCGGCCCUGCCCCGACAGAGCGCCAGAGAGCUGUACCACCAUCGCUGAAGGUCAGAGGGGAGCUCAGGCUGCUGCUUUUGGACCACGCCAACUCUCAAAGCGGGGUGUGCAGCCGGGUCUCUGGUGUCGUCUGAGGUUGUCAUGCAGGAAGGGGUCUUAGUAGGGUUAAUCAAGUGUCGGCUUGUUGGUGAAACAAUGGCUUUGGCUGGCAUGCUCUACUCUAUCUAAAUAGAAGGUAUGGUAUGGUAGGCUCCCUCUAGCUUUUAGAUAUAUAUAUAUAUACAUACAUAUAUAUAUAUAUAUAGAUAUUUAACUCAAUGGGCAAAAGUUAGGCUGCUGUUGUGUGUCAAGUUACUCAUCAGGAUGUUCUGCAUCGUGCAUCAAACACACAAACACUUACACGCACAUGCAGACACGGAGUGCCGGUAUAGAGAAACACUACGGCCACAUGCAUUGAACUCCCCUCAAUUCCACUCACCAUGAAUCUCACUGCAAUAGAGCAUCACUAUAGCGUGUACUGCUACAACACUGAGGUCACACUUAUCGCAUUCCCGUUACUAAACCAAACCAAUCAAAGCCUAGGAAUUAUUUUGGAAUAUUUUGAGAUGCAGACGUCUCACACAAACAGGUAAGGACUUAGUAACGUGCUACAGCUAGUGUUCAAGGAAAUCGAUCUGUACAUAUUUGCUUUGUGUGUAUAAUAGAAGUUAGUACUACAACUGCUUUGCAUAAUAUGAAUAGGAAGAAUGUAUGGAGUUAGAAUCAUGCCAAAACCCCACACACACGCAAAACGUGUUUUGCUCACGCAUAACGAUUCACACGCACACAAAACGUGUUUUACUCACGCACAAUGAUUCACACGCACACAAAACGUGUUUUACUCACGCACAAUGAUUCAUCGGAAUGCAUUCCGAUCCACGCGCAGCUUUCGUGUUCCGUACUUGUAGAAUUGUUUUGUGUACUUGAAGGAUUUUUUUUUGUACUUUGUGUAAAACAUACUGUAUUUGUUUCUGAAGCAAAAUGCAUUAGUUUGUGAAUGAUGUUUUGAAUUUGCAAACCACACUGAGCGUGUGUGUGAAUCAUUGUGCGUGAGUAAAACACGUUUUGAGUGCGUGUGAAUCGUUAUGUGUGAGUACACGCAAAACACGUUUUGCGUGUGUGCGGGGUUUUGGCAUGAUUCUAACUCCAUCAGAAUGUGUGCACACCUGUGUACAUACACACAAUCGAGGUAUAAUAGAGGUUUGGUGUGAAGACCGAUGUAGGAUUAUCUUAUUAUAUUUCUAUAUUUUUGUUAUGUAACUGACUCUUGUGUUCUAAUGAUGGGAAGGAACCAAUUAUGUGCUGUGACUUUUUACGUUUUCUUUUUGAGGUGUGCAUAGGAAAAAAACACACUGCACACUUUUAUAUUAUGAAAAGAUAUGAAAAUGGGAUAGCUAUUUAUUUGUUUCAAACCACUAGAGCAUAAAAGCAAUUAAAUAUUCAGAUUGUCGGAUUGAAGUCCAGCGAAACAUGUUAGAUCAAAUGUUUUUUCCAUUUUCUUUUGCUUUGCUAUUUUCUUACCUGUCAUUCUCCAAUGCUAAAGUGAAGCUCCAAAACACCACCUUCUACCUGUGGCUUCCCUGGACAGACCAAGGGCAUUUAUUAGAGCCAAGCCUGACGUAGGCAUAGGCCCAUGUUCAAUGGCAGGUAACAUUCAGCCUGGUAUUAACUUGAGAUCUAGACUGGAUCACCCUUUUCUUCCCAUUAAUCAUCAAAAUGCUUUAUGAGGAAUCCUAAUUUAUUAAGAUAAUUUUUGAUAAUAUCUUAAGGAUUUUUUGGAUUAACAAGUUAGGCCAAUUUAACAUCAGUACUGGAAUGAUGUAAGCAACAUACUGGAGCGCCUAGGUGUUGUGCUUGUGUGUGUGUUUCAGCAUUUUGGCCCAAGAUUAUAAUAUACAGAUGUACGGAUAGAUAGAUAGAUAGAUACAACUUUAUUAAUCCCCCGGAGGGGAAAUUCCUUUGUUACAGCAAAGAAGCAGCAUUAACAUCACAGUGAUUCUAUUUAACCUUUUUUUUCACUAUUAAUAAAAUAUGUUUUGCUUAUGGUGAAAGAAUUGGAGUAGGGGGGACUCAAAGAAUACAAGGGGAACAUAAUUUCCAUCUGUAGUGUUGAAAAUGUCUUAGGUCAAUUUAUUUAGUGAUUUGAUUUGAUUUUGUUUUGUGUUUAGCGCUGUGCCUUUUAAAUAUUUGUCUUGGUCAAUGAAGUAUUAAUUACAACACGUUCGGUUUGCUUCAACCAAGAAAGUUGUUUUCAUGUUUUACCGUGAAUACAAUCUGUGACUGUACAAUACAAAACUCGACCAGAGAGAAACACUGUUCUGUGAGUUUGGUGGUUUGUAUGCGUGUGUUUGGCCUACAUAUCAUAUUUGUACCUGUAUGUUUUCAAUUCUUUCAAUAGUUCUUCUGAGGGGGAUCAAACAUUGGACAUUUACUUAAGACGUCGCACACGUGUACACGUCCUUCUUGUAAUGUUUUCAUUGAACUGAAGUAUUGUUUGGCUGUCUAAAAUCAAUAUAUGUAUUUUAAAUUGAAAGCAUAUCUUCAAAGGCUAAAACAGUGGGAUGGUUUUGAUAAGAGGACAAGAAUGUCCGUGCUAUAGCCUGCAACAUUAAACAUAUCUGUUGUGUAAAUGUUUUCAGUUUUCCCUAAUUAAGUAGAGGCCUACCAAACGAGCUACUGGGCACAACUCUUGUUGAGCUCAAUACAUUUAUUUUGCAAAACAAACUGGAUAUGUAACCCUGUGUGAUCAUUUCACUAUAUUGAAUAAAAUGGAUAUCACUGGAUUGACAACACUGAUGUUCCCUCUGCUAUAAUAACGCGAGCUGCUGUUGUUGAGCUUGGAGCUAAAUGAAGAUUGUUCAUCGGACGCCGGUAGGGGGAGGCACAACGGUUAUUUUUGUGACAAGCAUUUUGUUAUUUUUUAAUAGGCCUGACUUAUUUUCGUCUUCGAGACUAGAUCGAAAGUUUCUCCUUUAUUGUAUAACAUUUGUCCGUGCAUUGAAUACAAUUGCCUCUACACAUAUAUUUCCCUAAUAUAUGUCUCGUUUUAAUGUGAGCAACAUUUGAACACGCUCAGGAUACAAAAUGAUGUCCAAACGAUGAUGACUUGAAACAUAUCGACCAAAGAAAAGGACAAUUCAGAUGGUUUAGUUCAGGUGGGCAAUAAAUGAUCUGUCCAAAGCGGACUCCGAUAAUAAUCUCGUUGUUUUCCCAAUGUCCAUCUAGUGGCCGCUUCUCUAUUUUACACAACUGUGCUAUCCGUGGUGCUGAAACACUGCUCCAAAGAGAACGUCUCUUCAAGAAUACUUAUCAAACCGUUCCUACAGCGUUGACAAACCCAAUAAAGAAUGGUUUAUUAAUGAU